AACGAGCCCGAGUCUCCCGCCGCCUCGUCUUCCUCGUGAAUUAUUCAUGGGGUCUCCUCGACUCGGGUUUCCGUUCAUCGGAAUGCAGAAUUCCCACAUGUGCUACAUGAGAUACCGUGUGGCCGGCUGGAUUCGUGGGCGUCCGCUGUUUUCGAGACGUGCCUCUGAGGCUUCAGCUAAACUACCGGCAGCGUCCUGCUUCCCCGGACAGUCGUCAAUGCAUGAGCUGAAACUACCCAUGAAUACAGCAGAAAAUCAAACUUCAAAGACAAGAAAAAUAAUUAAGGCAGCAGGUGCUGGGGAGGGAUCUGAGGGAGUUACCAGCAAGCAGCCGCACACAGGAAAGUCUCACAUCUGUCACAGCCGCACGAGCGGCAGUGUUUUGGCUCUUGGCAGAUGGUCUCCAGGGAUGGAACCAUCUCUACCUCCAACUUGGUCCCCAUCUGAAAGUGAAUUUAUAAUGGAUUUCUUGACCUUAAUUAACUGCAUGCUGAAGGACCGCAACACUGGCACUGAGAUCGUUCAGAUGGGGGGGGGGAGAAGCAGAUCUGGGAAGGAGGUGCAUGCACCAAUAUUGGCUUCUGUCGCUAUGGUGUAUGUCCGCUAUGCAGCUACGCCCCCCGAUGCCACGCUGCGCCUGUCCCUACAGUGGGGGCACAGUGUCUCAUUUCCCCCACAGCAAUUUGACACUGGCUGAGAGAACCUUGCUGAACAUCACUGAAUCGCUGCCGUAUAUGAUGGUAUAUGAGGCUUCCGUUGUCAAGGGAGUUUCUACAGGCAUAAGUCUAACGUAUCAACAAACAAAUGGGGAAUUGGCAGGCUGCAUUUAUCACGUUAUUUUGCCAAGGCUAUGACUUUCCCUGUCAGCUGGAAAACUAGAGCAAUUAAUCACUUCCUGUUUGCAUUGUAUUACAACAGUGAUAUUGUGUGUG